AUGGCUUCAUCAUCAACGAAGACUACCGCCACAUCAUCGCCAACAACAAAUAAUGCCACAUCUCUUGAUCCUAUCCGCCAAAUGCUUCUGCUUCCACCUGCUACACGACCCCCCGAAUUUGAAAAUCCACUGGAAAAAAUUGAACAACUGCUAACAUGUCCAAUUUGCUUGGAUCGUUACAAGUAA